UUUUGGACGAGAAGAGACAGAGAUCGUCAAACAGAAAAAAACUGAGAGAAAGAAACGAAGAAAAAAUAUCGUUUUUUUCAGAAAGUGGGUCGAUGAUGAUGGGAAUGAAUGAAACAAUUCAGUAGGUGGUGAGAGAUGCGAUUAUAUUUUGUUCUUAUAUUUUCUGUGAUUUUUACAACUGGAAAUGGCAAAAUUCAGUGCAAGAAUAUGCGUGGAAAAUCUGUGGACUGGUUUGUCGUUUAUAAACUUCCAAAACUUUCCGGCGCUGGAACAUCUGGAAAAGAAUUUGUUUAUUUCGAUGCCGAAUCAUCAGAUUGGACACGUGGAAAUGACAUAAAUGAUCCAAAUGUUGCUGUGGGAGCAACAGUUUCCCAAGUGUAUUCUGCUGAUAAAUCAAACAAUUUUUGGUUCAUGUACAGUGAUGAUGAUCCUAUAAAGUCAGCUGAUUCAUAUAGAGGACAUGCGAAAGGAGUAUCACUUUUUGAUUCAACUACUGGAUUUUGGUUAAUUCAUAGUGUACCGAAUUUUCCACCCAUCAAAAGCUUUUCCUAUCCGAACACGGCUGAGAAAUAUGGACAAUCAUUUUUCUGCGCAUCAAUGGAAGUUCAACAUCUAACAGAGCUCGCAGAGCAUUGGAAAUAUAUUCAGGCGACUCCCUACAUAAUAAAUAUACCGGAAAAAUAUGCAACUCGAUUCCCUACAUUGAAAAAUGUUGAAGCUAAACAAAGUCUGCCACGUUCAGCCACUCAAUUUUGGAUCUCAAAGCCGAUUAAAACCGUACAAGGAGUUACAUUGAUGGCCUACGCCAAACAUAAAAAGUUUGAUGGAGAUAUUUGGAAUGAUUUGAUAUCCCGCCAAAAUAAAGUAACACUAGCAGUGGAGAGUUGGUUGAAUGGCAGUGGAGACGAUAUUCAUACAACUUGUACGAGUACUAGUCAGACUCAUGACGUCACAGAAAUGCGUGUAACCGGGCUGAACUUCGCGAGCUCGAAGGAUCAUUCGAAAUGGGCGGUUUCAAAUUCUCAGACCAAUCCGAUUGUUUGUUUUGGAGAUAUGAAUAGGCAGAAAUCACAACUGAAACGUGGCGGUGGAGCAUUGUGCAUUCAAAAUAGAAAUCUUUGGCAAUUAUAUCAUUCUUUUGUUAUUCAAGUUGAACCGUGUAAAUCUUCUUCUCAUUUUUCCAUGUUCCAAACAAUUGCCACUCUCCUUUCCGCAGCCGGCCUGGUAUCAAAGAUUUGAAAAGAAAAAUGGCCAAAAAAAGUUGGGCGAAAAAUUCCAAACUAUUAAGGCCAAGCUUCUUCAAAGUACUCAGUUAUCUAUAUUUCAGAAUGUACUCCUCUGAAAAUUGAACCUCUUUUUGUUGCUUUAACAUAAAUUAAUUGCGGGUGAA